GUCUACAUAGGCACACACCCUUUUUUCCUUUUUAUCUCCAUUUUUGUCUUUUUUUCUAGCUCACAUUUUUUGGGAUUCCUUCUUUGGUUGUGAUGAUGGUGAAGAAGCUAUGCUGCUUUCAGUAUUUUGUUCUUUGUGGUCUUCUUCUAGCUGUUCUUGUUUCCUCCAAGCACCAUGGAAAUUCUGCAAAUGACCUUGUUGAUAUUAUCAACAAGAACAGAACUGCUCAAAAGCUUCCUCAACUUAGUAAUAGUCCUGGACUUGGGUGCAUAGCCUUGCAAUAUGCAAAGGAAUGCAUGGGAAAUUGCAGUUCCAACAACAGUAUAAACUGUCACCCUUCUGAAGAUGACUUCACUGAAGUUUUUGCUCCAAACUGUGGUGUCGAGCUGCCCACUUUUGGAACCAUAUCUGGCUACAUUCUUGGUUGUCAACCAAAGUAUCUCGAGCCACUGGAAGCCUUCCCAAAUGUACUUGUUCAUGACAAAAGGACUCUUUCUCUUUUGAGAAAUAAAACUCAUACUGAAGUUGGAGUUGGGAUUAUCAAAGCUCACAAGCACAAAGGACCUUACUUAUGGUGCGUUUUGUUUAGUAGUAGCCAGAGAAACACCACAUUCGUACUUGACGAUCUAGGAGAAGGGAUUAAGCAGAAGAAAGGGUGUUAUAGUGGAACCAGCUUCCCUUGCAGCAGAGCACAUAGAGACAUAGGUCCUUUAUCGAACAAAAUUUGGAUUCUGGUUUUGCUCUGUGUUAUCUACUUUCAACAAUUCCUUUUCAAACUUUUCUGACAAUACAUUGUAUCUACUCAGCUAAAAUUUUGUCAUGCAUUCUGCUGAAUCCACCUUGGAAACCCAUCAAUGAUGCUCAGUGGAAUUUGCUUUUA